AUGUCGGAUGCCGGUCAAGCCUCGCCCAAUGGCGGCGGUGACGUGCCUCCUGCCGGAGGUGCCAACGAGCACAUGAACAUCAAGGUCACAGAUGGCAACAACGAGGUCUUCUUCAAGAUCAAGAAGACGACCAAGCUGGAGAAGUUGAUGAAGGCCUUCUGCGAACGACAGGGCAAAGACAUCCGAUCGGCCAGGUUCUUGUUUGAAGGCCAAAAGGUCCAGCCACAGGAUACGCCUGAAGUACUCGAAAUGCAAGACGGCGACUCGAUCGAAGUCCAUCAAGAGCAGAUCGGUGGCGGCGCUUGA